AUGGCGCCCACGACUCGCCCAUUGCCGCUUGCCCAAAUCGCGGGACCGCAGCUGGCGCCUUUUCGAGGUACAGCAACGGCCGACAUUGAAUUUGAACACUUCCUCGGUAGUGAUAAGGACCUGGAUUCCAAGGUCUGGAGAGUCUGCAUCGAUGGGGAAACCUACGCUCUCAAGAUCGAGUAUAUCGAUUACCUUGACCCAUUCCAUUGCGAAUGCCGGGCUUACGGGCGCCUAAAGCAAGAGGAUCGCCAGGAUCUAGCUAUCCGCGCACAUGGUUACAUUCUGUUGACACAGGCUCAGGAGCAGCAUGUUACCGAGGCCCUCGGUGAGGAGUAUGUGGACUGGGAGGAACACCCGGAACCGCUAGAUUGCAGUGGUGUCUUCACGCGGUGGGAGGAUCACCGGCACUAUCGCGUGCGCGCCAUCGUCAAGGAGUAUGUUCCGUCUCUGGAGCCAUGGACUGCGUCGCAGAUCCCUCGUAUGUACGCCGAUCUCGAGGAUCUUCACAAGUUGGGUAUCUUGGUCAGAGACAUACACGAGGGAAACUACCUCAGUGGUAAGCUGGUCGACUUUAGCCAAGCCUGGGCGAUGUACCAUCCCUGCCUGGACCGGGGAACCCCGAGAGGUGUCUACGAACGGAGGAAGGACGAGCCUCAAAAAUUCGAGGAGAUGGUUGAGGUAUGGGCCGCUACUGAGAAAAUCAAGAUCGAAAAGCCUGCAGGUCUCCUCAAAUGGCAUAGCGGGCAGGAAAGCGAUUUUGGAUUCGACCCUCGACAAUAUCGCUGGCAGGAAGAGGUCAAAAUAGAACCCGCGGGAGGUGGAUCACAAGCGGGCAACCGCUAG